AUGGCUGACUACCGGGAUCUUCAGGUGUCCAUCAUUGGCGCAGGAAUGGGAGGACUCACGGCCGCUCUCGCAUUUGCCAAGAAAGGGUUCAAACAAGUUCACGUCUACGAAAAUGCACCCGCCCUGGGCUUUGUAGGCGCCGGCAUCCAGAUCGCCCCCAAUCUGAUCCGCGUCCUCGACAAGCUAGGUGUCUGGGGGGACUCUUCCCUCGAGAAGGAGGCCACCAAUGUCAAAGAGGUUUAUAUCUAUGAUGGCCCGUCAAAUAACGAGUUGGCGCGCGUUCCCAUGGAAGAUAUCCAUCAGAAAUACGGGUACUCGCAUUACGCCGGCCAUCGGGCUUCGCUGGCGGGCAAUAUCUUUGACGCCGCAAAGGCUCAACCCAACAUUCAUUUUCACUUUGGCCAGACGCUGCAAAGCGUCACAUCUUUCGGGCCUGAAAAGGUCACUUUUGUCAUCAAGAGCGGUGAUGGUGUCGAGCGUGUCGUUGAGACCGACGUCCUAAUUGGCGCCGACGGCAUCAAGUCCCCAGUCCGAGAGUCGAUACUGAGCUCUCUAAACCUUUCUGCCGAGGUUGAGGAGACCGGUACAGCGGCCUACCGCAUCCUUGUCGAACGCGAAAAGAUGGAGCCUUAUCCUGAGCUACUGGAGUUGAUCGACAGCGACGCCGUUCGCCGCUGGAUAGGAUCUAAGCGGCACAUCAUUGCUUACCCGAUUCACAACCACACGAUAUACAACAUCGCCACGGCCCAACCUGACGUCAACUUUGCAGGUUCCAUCAACGCGACCUGGACGAACAAGGGUGACAAAAAGGCCAUGAAAGAAGUUUACUCUGACUUUUGCCCCUUGGUGCAGAAGCUCCUUGACCUCGUCCCCGACGGAGACGUCGUGGAGUGGCGGUUACGUAGCCACAAGCCCCUGGAUACAUGGACCCUCGGUAGCGUGGCAUUGCUAGGAGACGCUUGCCACCCAACCCUCCCUCAUCUGUCCCAGGGAGCUGCCAUGGCCAUCGAGGAUGCCGCAGUCCUAGCCGAGGCCGUGUCCCUAGUUCCAGGCGGAGGAGCAGAUCGUCAAGAGCUCGCAAAGACCCUCAAAGUGUACGAGCUUGCCAGAAAACCUCGAACAUCUACUCUGGUAGAACUUGCUGCUUUGUCAGCCCGGACACUGCAUCUAGGCGAGGGCAAAGCCAAGGAGGAGCGGGAUCGACAAUUCGCAGCGGCCAAGACCAAGGGGGCGCCGGUGCCGGAUAAGUGGGCGAGCCCGGAGAUUCAGAAGAUGAUCUUUGAGCACGAAUGUGUUGGAGAUAUCCGAGAACGGUUUCAGGAGCUGCAUGCAUCGCUGGGGCAGAGGGCUGAUGAGGCUAUUACUGCGAGAAUCUGA